CGUCGCAGUUUGCCAACGUCAUCAUUUCCCGCAGUUAGGGACGUUUCUGACUGCAGCACACGUGUGGUUGUUAUAAACGUUUUCCCAUGGCUGGCUCCUUUUCUCAAGAGCUCGAGGAUUUGUUGAAUCCUUUGCCUAAAUUUGCUGAUCCCGAGGAUGAUGAUGACGAGACCACCAAAGCCAGAGUGGUUGAAAAAUUCAUCGAGGACGACGACGAAGAUGGGGUCGGUCCCAGCGCUCUGCGGAAGCACAACACAUCCCUGCUCUCAGAAACCGACAGACGGUACGUGGGGAAGACAGUGUCUCGGAAACAGCUGCUGAUGGAUAUUGAGGGAUCUGGUGAUGAGGAGGAGGAGGAGGAUGAUGAUGAUGAGGAUGUGGAAGAGGAGGAGGGCAGCAAAGAGAAACCAGAAGAAGAUGAAUUAUCGGAUUUUAUGGAGGAUGAAGAGGCAGAUGAUGAUGAUCAAAAUUAUUUAGAAGAUGGGGAGUUGGUUGGUAGUGAUGCCAAACUGGCAUCUAAGACAAAGGUCGCUGACAUGACCUUUCCUCUGGGAGUGGACUUCCACAAACUGACAGAAGGCAUGGAUGACCUAGGAGUGAGUGAAGAAGAUGAUGAUGAUGAUGAUGAUGAUGAAGACAGUGGCGAGGAGCCCGAAGGCAGCGAUGAAGAUGGUGGCUCCGACGACGAUGAGAUGGAAGACGAUGAUGUAGACGGCGAGGAUGAGGGAACUGUCCGCACAUUCUCCCAAGACAAAGUAGACGAGGAGGUUGAGAAAGGGAAGGCUGUGAAGAACCAGCUGGCCCUGUGGGACCAGCUGCUCGAGGGCCGAAUCAAAAUCCAGAAAGCCCUGGUGACCGCCAACCAGCUUCCACAGCCGCAGACUUUCCCGGAGUUCAAGAGGAGGGGCGGAGCCGAGCUUGCAGGGGAGCUGAAGAACGCCCACAAAGCUUUGAAAGCUCUUCAAAGAUCCCUGCUGGAGCUGCACGAUCAGCUGCUGUACCAGAAUGCAGACACGAGGGCCGUCGCUCUGGGGAAGACAGGAUCUCAGGGGGAAGACGAGGAGAUAAACAGUGAUGAGAAUGAAGAUGGGUCAGUGCAGGAGGGGGGAGCGCCUAAAAGAAAACUGGAGAUGGCAGAGUACCCGGACGUCAUGGCCAAGCGUUUUGCUGCUUUCCAGCCUUACUGUAACGCCACGUUGCAAAAGUGGCAUGACAAAACUAGACUGACUAUGGGCAAAAGCAGCAAGGGUUUUGGGGCGUUCGACAGAAACAUCUUGACCCAAGUGGAGCAGGUGCUGAUGGAUAAAGAGAGGCUUGUGCGGCGCACCCAGACCCGACGCUCUGAGUACAGAGUCCUGGGGAAAACGGAGGCCUCUGCUCUCACCUCUCAGGCCGUCUUCACUGAGGGAGAGGAGGCGGAACAGCUGAAAACAAACACACAUCUGAAGGAUCUGGACGAGGAUAUAUUUGAUGAUGAUGAUUUCUACCACCAGCUGCUAAGAGAGCUGAUUGAGCGCAAGACGAGCGCAGUGGACCCUAAUGACCAGGUGGCUAUGGGCAGGCAGUGGCUGGCCAUCCAGAAAUUGCGCAGCAAGAUCAAGAAGAAGGUCGAUACCAAGGCCAGCAAGGGCCGUAAAGUCAGAUUCCACGUCCACAGUAAGAUGGUCAAUUUUAUGGCUCCCAUCGACCACAGCUCAAUGAGUGACGAGGCACGCAGCGAACUGUAUCGUGGCCUCUUUGGUCAGAACUCCAAAGUCAGGGAGUGACGUUAAGCAGGUACUCAUGUGGAGCAGAUUCCAAAGUGCCAGGAUAGAAACAAAGCAGUGCCUUUUUUUUUUUUUUUUGGCGCUCCCAGGAAUGAUGCCAAGCAGCAGUGUGGGUUAGGACAGAGGCUGGGCUCUGUUCUUUGUCAGGACGAGCUCUGCAGAGCGGGCUGGCAGUUGUGCUGCUCUGACUUGACAGAGUAUGGACUCACAGGGCACAUUCAGUUCCUAAUACCUUUUUAUACCGAUUAGCAUUUAUGUGUUGAGGCCUAAUGACCAGUCUGUGAUAAUAAUAAUACGUUUCCACCCGAACAAUAAGUGAAUCAGUGGAUUUGAAGCAAAAUAAUUACUGUCAUUCUUUCAUAUUACAAGUCUCACAUGAUUCUAGUAAAGUGUGUGCUUCAAAUUGUAUGGUCCUUUUUUUUUAUAUAGUAAACUGUCCUAACAUAUAUGCUGUUGCCCAAUUAUAUACAACAUACCAACUCUAUACAGUAUACUAAUCUUUCAGCUGUUUUUGCAGUCAGUAUAGGUGAAGUCAACAACAAGUCUAACAACAAGGUUCAGUAUGCAUUCUGACUGUGUUUAUACUUUCAUGAUUCUUUACUUUUCCACACAACACCCUUCAACUCUCUCCGAAAAUAUUGGCCACGCACCAAAAAGGUAGUCUCUAAAUUUUCCUUAAUAUUUGGAUUUUAGUAUUUAAUUAUUCAGUUAAUAGUUGGGUUUUUUUUGUAAUUUCAUUUAGUCUAAGCAUGAAGGUCUCAGUUUUGUUUCGGAAUAAAAUUCGGGUGGAGAAUUU